GCUCCCGACGUGCCCCGCGGAAGCCCGGCCACCGCCCCCAACGCGACCCGCGCCGCGUCCCGGCGGGGAGUUGUUGCUGCCGCGAUGCUGGUGGCGGCGGCCGCGGAGCGGAACAAGGAUCCCAUCUUGCACGUGCUGCGGCAGUACCUGGAUCCGGCCCAGCGCGGCGUCCGCGUACUCGAGGUGGCCUCGGGCUCCGGCCAGCACGCAGCGCACUUCGCCCGGGCCUUCCCCCUGGCCGAGUGGCAGCCGUCGGACGUGGACCAGCGCUGCCUGGACAGCAUCACGGCCACCACGCAAGCCCAGGGCCUGACCAACGUGAAGGCCCCGCUACACCUGGACGUGACGUGGGGCUGGGAGCACUGGGGCGGGAUCCUGCCGCAGUCGCUGGACCUGUUGCUCUGCAUCAACAUGGCCCAUGUCAGCCCCCUGCGCUGCACGGAGGUCUGUGGGGAGCCCAGCAUGGGUGUCUGCCGUGGCACCCCUCACCCUGCAUGGGGGCAGCCGGGAUGCCAGAUUUGCCCCCAUCACAGUCGGGGUGAAGGUCUCCAGCCUCCCCCAUCACAGUCGGGGGGCUCUUCAGAGCAGCAGGACACCUGCUCAAACCCAGGGCCCUGCUCAUCACCUACGGGGAACCCAGAAUGGGGGCUUCGGGACACAGCCCUCCUGGAGGACCUGGGAAAGGCCAGUGGCCUGCUCCUGGAGAGGAUGGUGGACAUGCCAGCCAACAACAAAUGCCUGAUCUUCCGGAAAAACUAAGCCCCUCCUUCACCCCCGCACACCUGCAUCCCUGCGGGAGGCUCUGUGAGGCACGAACCCUGCCUCCCUAGGCCGGACCUUGUGGACGACAGCCCCACCAAGUCUGUGCUCUCAGCCGCUGGCCGAAGGGCCCAGCCUGCUCAGAAUAAAGCAUGUCCUGCUGCUGGC